AGAAUCGGGUUAUCUGUCGCAGCAGCUGUGCACGCGGCAUCAUAUAGGGAAGGCUCGAGAAGCUACCAAGAGAAACUCGAAGCAGGUUGGGUUCUCUAGUAAAGUCAUCGUUCUUCUUCCCGACAUACUUCGGAGCAAAGCUUUACGAGGUCUGGUCUCAGUUGGAAAAAUGCCGGCCAAGUACAUAAUACCUGCUGUGCUCGGAUCAUUUGCAAUCGCAUUUGCAGCUGACCACUUUAUUGCUGACAAGAAGAUAUUUGGAGGAACCACACCUCCGACCAUUGCCAACAAAGAAUGGUGGGAAGAGACGGACAAGAAGUUUCAGGCAUGGCCUAGGACGGCAGGCCCGCCAGUUGUUAUGAAUCCUAUCAGCCGUCAAAACUUCAUCGUCAAAUCCCGCCCUGAAUUGUGAAUCUUAAUGGUCUCGGAUCUCUGCCUUUUGUAUCUAAUGCUUUGUCAACUAGUGUGGCAAAUAGCGACUGGCUUUUGGUGAUAGGCAUGUCCUGGCUUGAAUAUCAUGUUUGUAUGAAGUCUUCCUAAAAUUUGGUCUAUUUGUCUAAUAACGCACUAUAGGGCGUGUAAGCGUUUGUAUUGGU